AUGUCUUUAGGAUUUGAGCUGUUACCAGAUGAGAACGACAACAUUCCAAGCUUUGAAAAAACCCAGUAUGAUGUCAUCGCUCUACGAGAGUACCAGAUAGGAGAUAUAGUCCUUGCCAAUAUCACUGUCACAGACGGAGACCCUGCGGGCUCGCCGAAUUCUGAGUUGACCUUCAGAUUUUUAACGCCGUCAGAUCUGUUUGAGUUCACAGACCCAACUCAAGGCAAUGUUUAUGUCAUAGGUGACAUCAGUAAUACCACCAUGUGGCAUAAUCUGACGAUAGUAGUCAGUGAUGGUGGAGAUCCAGCUAACAUAGCAACGGUUCCUCUCUCAAUCUUACUCAGAGUGGAGAAACCUAUCUUUCCUGAGAACGUCAUCAUUGUGGAUGAUGUAAUGGAGGAAGAGGAACCAGGCGUUGUAGUGGCUGUCAUCGAAGCCCAGGCCAAUAUCGGAGAUGUUAUUUUAUACACCAUAGUCAAUUCAACCGACCCAAGUGCCUUUACAAUGAAUACUACCGACAACGUAGCAACGAUCUACACGAAUAUGACUCUCGACCGUGAAUUAGUGGAAAACUACUCUAUCUCGGUCCAGGCCAACAUACAAGGAGCUACCCCGGAUGAAAACAAUCUACCGGAGCAGACUGGUCGGAGAAAGAGGCGCCAAGCAGAUCUCUUCUCAGAAGUAGCUGAGCCUACCGACCCAAACGUUGUCUACAUCUACGUGAACGUUGCAGACAUCAACGACAACGGACCAUACUUUCUCAAGGAGAACUAUUACGCUGGGGUCUCUACCGUAGCCAGGGUCGGGACACAGGUCAUUGCAGUUGAGGCCUUUGACGAUGAUGAAGGAGAAAACGGUGUAUCCACCUACUCCAUUGUCGCCGUGGUACAAGGAGAACCUUUGUUCAGGAUAGACCGAGCUACAGGGAUAUUCAGUACGACUCAGAGUCUUGAGGGAGAGGAAGCCGGCAGUCAGUUUGAAUAUACCGUCCUGGCAGAAGAUCCAAACAAUAACUUCACCAUAGCGGAGACCAUGGUCAAGAUAUCUCUGAUCGACAACUCCCAUCGUGCCAUCCUGGCUGGUAACAUCGACCCUGACCUCAUGAGAGAGAACCAGGACGCCCUCUCUGAAAUCCUAUCAGAGGCUCUCACUGCCGACGUGUACAUCGAGGAUGUGAGCCAGAGAGAGGUCGGUAAUGGUCUGGACCCGACGGGAUCGGACGUCCUCUUCUAUGCCCUCGACGCCAACGGGGACCCAAUACUAGGAAACGACAUGGUGGAGAUCCUUCUUUCUCAAAACACCUCACUCAAUGAGCGCUAUUCAACCAUUGUGGAGAAUAAGACAAUUACAGACAUCAGGAGACCGACCCAACCCACGACGGGCCCAGGAGUAUCCCCAGACGGUAAUGGACCUACUGUGGAAGCCAUCGCUCUCAUAUGCCUGGCUUGUGUGCUCUUCAUCUGUGUGGUCAUAGCCAUUGGCGUGGUCAUCAUAUCAUGGAAGAAACGAGAAAUGGAGAAAGAUAAAGCAGGGCGAAUGUAUCUCCCAUCAAUGUAUAACACAUUCAACCCUUAUGGAAAUGGUGAAGACUUGGAAAUAUCAAAUCCUGUAUAUUAUGAAGAUCAGUCCAAUCAAGCUGGUACACCUAGCUUUCUGGCGAGCGACCAGCUUGACGGGCAGUUUGAUGGUGAAACACAGGAACGUACUCUUGAGUUUGGGCCCGAGGAUGAGGAAGCUAUGGCUGUUGCUAACAGCAUCCUAGCUGGGACCAGUACCUUGCCAGAGGAUAAUCUCAUGAGAGGUAUGACAGCCACUUUACCCGGCAGUGCGGACCUGGACUCCCCCUCCUACAGCAAUCAAGGGACCCUCCCGGCCUACUCCAGGUCCGAAGAGCUCCCCUCGACCUUCUUCAGCCCGGGGACGGGGUACACCAACCACGCCCUCUCGGUGGAUGACGACCCGGACCUCAAGAGGGAGCUCUCAUCCUCACCGUACCAGACCAAGACCAACCCCCUCAUUGACAGGGAUGAGGAUCGCUCAUAUACAAACUCUGAGGCCUCUACCCCAUCCAUCCCAUCUAAAUCAACCUCCCCGUCAGGGACCUUUGACCCUCGAAAGCCCUACCCCGGCAGUCUAGCCGACUCUCAGACCCACAAUGACGUCCAUCUCCUCCGGAUGGGGCGAGCGGAUUCCCGACCAAGCUCCAUCGACAGCGGGCACCAGUCCUUGGAUCGAGGGGCCAAGAAGGGCAGCGCCGCUGGCACCCCCAUCAAGGUGCCCCCUCCGGUCGCCCCAAAGAUGAAACGCCCCGGUGCCUUUGGGAAUAUCCCACCCAACAGCGAUGAAGAGAACAGCAGCGAUAAGAUCCUCGACGAGUUCCUGGACGACCAGUUCACCCCGCUCGUCCCAGCAUCAGAGAUUUCUUCCUACACGUACACCGUCUCUCCCUCCAGCACUCCCCCGAACCCAAGGAGGGCUGCACCCAUACUAAACUCCUCCUAUGACGUGACUCCACAGGAUAUUGAUGUUUCAGGGAUGUCUGGGACCAGCGAAUCACUACAAGAGAAUGAUCUAUCAUCUGAACAGUGGGAAGCCAGUGAUGUAAUGACAACAAACCUUUGAGGAACCCUUCCAGAUGUUACGAUUUAAUCAUGCUGCAAGUCUAUUGCAGGAUGCUUUUAAACAGAUUGAAUUCUUGAAAUGCAGCAAUUUUAUAAAUGUCUCUUCAUCUGGAUAAAUUCUAAUAAGCACUUUUCUGUGCAUUAAAAAUGAUCUCUGUUUGCUCAAUUGAAGGUCUUUAUAACAAGAGCAUUCCUAAUAGUUUGUGAGGGGAAAUUCCCUUGUAAAUUCCUUUGUGCCUGACACUUGACAAUAGACCUAUAGGACCCAUUUCACAAAGCCUUAUUUCAAUGACAAAUGGCAAAAAUCAGUGACAAAUCUGCUGAUAACCAAACAGAAGCAAGGGUUUCAGUAGCUUAAAACAAAAACUGUCAUUUGUCACUGAUGACAAGUUUUGUGAAAUAUUAUUGCAUGUUUCAUGAAAAAAGAGCUUCUCCAUUACAGAGGAACUAGUUCAUGGUUGUAAAACCAUUUCAUUUGUAUUCCUCUUUGUAUUAAGCAGCAGAGUAUGUUACUGAUAUGAAUAUACCUAACUGUAUUUUAAACAGGGUCAUAAUUCACUAAUUUCUUUAUUUGUAGCAUUACAAAAUAAAUCAAGAAUAGGUAUUUAUCUUGAGAAGAAAUUAAGACCAAGUUUACACCAUACAUUCGCAGUGCCAUUUAGGUUAGUGCAAUAAGUAUCUUUCAUAGCAGUGACUAUUAAAUAGAUAAAAGAAUGAGGAAAUUCUAAGAAAUUCAUGAUAUAUUAAAU